GCGUGGCCGCUUAUUCUCUUUAGUGUUUGUCAAUGUUGGAGGUGUGAGAAGCCCGGCCCGGGACAGAGGCAGAAGCAGAGGAUGGCACAAAUUAAGGCACAGUCAUCAGCAUCCCUCUGUGACUCUUCUUUUCCUCCUGUGAUGCCCCCUCCUGUCACCAGUGCCAGUGCAGUGAGUCUGCAGUCUUCCCUGAAUGGGUCUGCCACAGAGGUAGCCGGAGACAAUCCAACUGAAAGUCUUGUGGACUCUUCUAAAUCUGUAAGCUCACCUGGCAAGGUUUCUGAUGAUGGACAAACCAAAUUAAUGGAAGUAACCCUCUAUGAAAACAUGACAAACCCCAAAGAGAAAACGCCAAUGUGUUUGGUAAAUGAGUUAGCCCGCUUCAAUAGAAUUCAGCCUCAAUAUAAACUUCUGGAAGAACGAGGACCAGCACACUCCAAGCUAUUCACUGUACAGCUGACACUGGGAGACCAAACAUGGGAAGCUGAAAGCACCAGCAUUAAGAAAGCCCAACACGCAGCAGCCAGCAUUGCAUUAUCUGAAACUAAACUCCCCAAACCAGCAGAAAGGCAAAUAAAAAGUGUCAGCAACAAUAAUCCAGGUAGCAUAACACCCACGGUGGAACUGAAUGGCCUUGCUAUGAAACGAGGGGAACCUGCCAUCUACAGGCCAUUGGAUCCAAAGCCUCUACCCAAUCACAGAACCAACUACAACUAUCGAGGGAUGUACAAUCAAAGAUACCUUUGCCCAAUGCUUAAAACGUUCUAUGUUCAAUUGACUGUGGGAAACAGUGAGUUCUAUGGAGAAGGAAAAACACGUCAGGCAGCGCGGCACAAUGCGGCACUUAAAGCUCUUCAUGCACUCAGGAAUGAGCCUAUUCCAGAGAGAUCAUCAGUGAAUGGGGAAGCAAGUCAAAAUGAAGAAGACAAGGAUGCGAAUAAAUCUGAAAUCAGUCUUGUAUUUGAAAUUUCAUUAAAGCGCAACCUCCCACUCAAUUUUGAGGUCAUUAAGGAAAGUGGCCCUCCCCAUAUGAAAAGUUUUGUUACUAGAGUCACGGUGGGGGAGUUUACUGCAGAAGGUGAGGGGAACAGCAAGAAGCUUGCAAAAAGAAGAGCGGCGGCUGCGGUGUUACAGGAGCUCCGGAAACUCCCUCCCCUUCCUGUUAUCGAGAAGCCAAAGCUUUACAUAAAGCGAAGGCCCAAAACUAUAAUAAAGGCAUCUCCAGAAUAUGGACAGGGAAUGAAUCCAAUUAGUCGCUUGGCCCAAAUCCAGCAAGCUAAAAAGGAGAAAGAGCCAGAGUAUAUAUUGCUCGCUGAAAGAGGAAUUCAGCGUAGACGAGAAUUCAUUAUGCAGGUUAAAAUUGGAGAAAAUACCGCCACAGGAACCGGUCCAAACAAGAAGACUGCAAAAAGAAAUGCAGCAGAAGCCAUGUUGUUGCAGCUCGGUUAUAAAGCUUCCUCUCCUGCUGUGGAUAAACCUACAAAGCCAGGUGAUCUCCAGUGGGAUGAUCACAAUACCGGGAGUGCUGAUCAACCAAACACCCCCAAGGGGAUUCUUCAUCUAUCGCCCGAUGUUUAUCAAGAGAUGGAGGCUAGCCGCAGUAAAACCGUUCCUGCUCCCCCUGUCAGCUAUUUGUCAUCCAAAGAAUUAAACCAGCCAUCAAGUUCAUUCUUUAGCACAGCUGCUAUAGCCAGAGAGCUCCUGACAAAUGGAACCUCCCCAACAGCCGAAGCUAUAGCGUUUACAGGGAAGAGACUGGCUUCUCCCUGUUCUACUGUACAGCCGUCCAAACAGCUUGAAUACCUGGCUGGAAUUCAAGGAUUACAGGUUAACUACAAUGAUAGACAAAAUGGCAAAGAUUUCUUGACCUGCUUGACAUUAUCACCCUUACAGAUGACUUUCCAUGGCAUUGGCAGUUCUGUGGAAGCAAGCCACGACCAGGCAGCUUUAAGUGCCUUGAAACAAUUUUCGGAAAAAGGACUGGAUUCAGUAGAAGGGUCUCUUAUGGCUGAAAAUGGAUUAUUUGAACAGGCCAAGCAUCGGGGAGAAAAUGCAGACAAUAAGCAGACUAACUCAGGCACCACUGCUCAGGACUGCAAGGAUUCAAAGGCUGUCGUCUAGGAGCCCCCAUCAUCUACGGCUGCCACUGCAUCCUUAAUAACCUGUCAACACGCAAUAGGGUGUACGUGUACACGGAAACAAAUCACUAAUACCAUUACACAAGUCUUAUGUGAAGACAACGCUAUUCUAAAGCAAGAGAUAAGACAUGGUACUGUUUAUACAAAGAGGGGAAGAUAUUAACUUUAAGCACUUCCCAUGCAACUCAAUCCCACAUCUUAAUUUAAUUGCCUUGAAGCAGUAGAAACCUGAUCUCACCAGUGCUUCAAGUUAGAAUUUAUUAGCAAAUGUGUUAAGAGAGAUGAAACUUAACAUUAAGCAUCUAAACACUUUAAGCAGAAUUUACCCCCAAAAAUAUAUAUAUAUAGAAGCAUACACAUUGGUGAGAAUUAGCGUGUUUUUGUUUUAUCUAGAUUUCUCAAUUUUUUUUAAAGUAAAUGCUUUGAUAUUUUAAAAUUUAACCAAUAACGGUGCUUAGUGCUUGUGAAAGUUAUAGUUGUUGUCUUCAUAUAUAGUCAAGAAGCUUAACUUUUUUGAUGAAGCAAAAUGCAGUCUUCAUUACGAAAUACACAUGGCAUUUAGGAAGGCUCCAGAUUAACAAAAUCAUGAAAAGCAUUUGCUUAGAACAAAAAAGCUAAUGUUUGUAUCAUUUUGUCAUAGUGUAUCACAAGUAAAAGUUUAGGUUACAGCCACUCUAUAGUCUACGUACAGAUAUAUUUCUUUCCCCUGACUUACACGCUUGGUGUGAAGCACAUUUACACCCAUUGUGUUACUGACUCACAGUCGCAUCAACUGAGUGUUUUUAAUACCUGCAUUCUGAGCUGUGACAUCAGAAGAAAAAAACACAACAAUAUAUAUAUAUAUAUAUAUAUAUAUACACAUACAUAUACAUACAUAUAUAUUACAGAGGUUCAUGACUUAAUAGGCACUGUGUCCUGUGGUGACCAGUUUUGUAGGUGGAUUGUCAAGCGACUUGUAGAGACGGUGUUUGGCUAAAAUGCAGUAAAACCACAUCAGUUCAUGUUUAAA